AUGGAGGGUGAGGUCUUUCUUACUCUGUCUAUUGGCUCAGGCCCAUCUCCCGAGCGGCACCCUCGGCUUCGGACGCGUCAAUUGACCGAGGCAAAGCACGACACCACUGCUGCCGCUGUGCAACUGUUUGCUGAAGUCUUGGCGAGGAAGAUUCCUUAUUCUGUGGUACAAGUCACUGCUGUGCCUCCAAACCACACUAAGCCACGCCAGCAGCGCCGACUUCCGCCUCGAGUGACGCGCACUCAGCGUGAACACCGGCUGGACGAGGCGCUUGAUGACUUGCAGGCAACCCAGCAGGCGCCUCCAAGUGACCGGAAAGCAGCCCGGAAGGCCAGGCGUCGGGUGGGAAGGGUUCGUGCUUCGAUGGACCAACUGUACUUGUGUCGGGAUUUCUCCAAGGACGAAGCCAAGUGUGUGGCCAAUAUUUGGACGGUGCCUCAGCGGAGACUGCUGGUAUCGAGCACCCAGCCACCUGCCACAUUGGUAGGGAAGAUCUCCACCGUCAUUUUUUGGGCACUAGUACGGCCCCAGCUCCCUUGA